CGGGCUCUUGCCAUGGGGCACUGUCGCCUCUGCCACGGGAAGUUCUCCUCACGGAGUCUCCGCAGCAUUUCUGGCAGGGCACCUGGGGAGAGCGCAGACAGACCACCCCCAGGGGAGCGUGUUUUCAUCAGGGACUUCCAGCACCUGCUGGGGGUGGCUGUCCACCAGGACCCGGCUCUGUCUCAGUUUGUCUGCAAGAACUGCCACGCCCAGUUCUACCAGUGCCACGGCCUCCUCAAGUCCUUCCUGCAGAGAGUCAACGUCUCCCCGGCGGGCCACCGGAAGACUUGCACGAAGGUCGGUGCCCAGCCCCCGCCAGGGGCAGAGGAGGGAGCGUGUCUGGUGGACCUGAUCACUUCGAGCCCCCAGGGCCUGCGCGACUUGGUGGCCUGGGUGCACGGACACGCAGCCAGCUGCGGGGCCCUGCCUAGCCUCCAGAGGACACUGUCCUCCGAGUACUGCGGUGUUAUCCAAGCCGUGUGGGGCUGUGACCAAGGCCACGACUAUACCAUGGACGCCGACUCCAGCUGCGGGGCUCUUUUGCUGGACAGUGCGCUGGCAGUCAAAUGGACAUGGGACAAGGAGAUGGCCCCGUGGCUCACCCAGCAUCGGGGGUCCAACCCUACUGGGGCUGCCCCUCAGAGCUCCCAGGGCAGAGCGACCACAACUCCAGCCGAGACCGAGACCCUGCCUGGCGCGGACGCGGCCCCGCCUCCUUCAGAUGUCAACCCUGUAGGGCCUGGCCUGUGCCCCCCACCUCAGCCAAGCUUUCCCCCAAGUGGGGCCCCAGGUGCACCCUUGUCCAAACAGGGAGAAGGACAGCACGAUUUGUGGCACGACUCCCGUGGGGUGUCUGUCGAUGGUGAACAAGAUGCUGGAAGAACCCAAGUGGGUUUGCUAGAAACACCCCCGGCACCAGGAGUGGUCGCAGGCUGUCCUAGAGGCCGCCGGCCAGCCUCGAGUCUCGUGCAGAUGAGUGGUGGCCUGCGGGGGAAGGCCGUGCCCUGCCAGGCUUCGUUCCGUCUGCUGCCCUGCAGAGACUGUGCGGUUACUCACACUCGAGGAGACAUCCUGAGUGAAGACGAAAAUGACAAGAAGCAAAGCACCCAGUCGUCAGAUGAAUCCUUUGAACCUUACCCAGAAAAGAAGGUCUCUGGUAAAAAGAGCGAAAGCAAAGAAGCCAAGAAGGCUGAAGAACCAAAAAUGCGCAAGAAACCGGGCCCCAAGCCGGGCUGGAAGAACAAGCUUCGCUGUGAGAGGGAGGAGCUGCCCACCAUCUACAAGUGCCCUUACCAGGGUUGCACGGCCGUGUACCGCGGGGCCGACGGCAUGAAGAAGCACAUAAAGGAGCACCACGAGGAGGUCCGGGAGAGGCCGUGCCCCCACCCCGGCUGUAACAAGGUGUUCAUGAUCGAUCGUUACCUGCAGCGCCACGUGAAGCUGAUCCACACAGAGGUGCGGAACUAUAUCUGUGAUGAGUGUGGCCAGACCUUCAAGCAGCGGAAACACCUUCUCGUCCACCAGAUGCGCCACUCAGGAGCCAAGCCUCUGCAGUGUGAAGUCUGUGGGUUCCAGUGCCGGCAGCGGGCAUCCUUGAAGUACCACAUGACUAAACACAAGGCUGAGACCGAGCUGGAUUUUGCCUGUGACCAGUGUGGCCGGCGGUUCGAGAAGGCCCACAACCUCAAUGUGCACAUGUCCAUGGUCCACCCUCUGACGCAGACCCAGGACAAGGCCCUGUCCCUGGAGCCACCAUGUGGGACUACGGAGGGCCAGGCUGUGAAGCCUGAGCCCACCUGA